AUGCAGAAGAAACUUGUCGCUGCCGUCCUCGGCUCCAUUCUUUCUCAUGGCCAUGCUGGCAAAGAGCCAGAUAUUGAUGAGAUGGAGCGAGGGGAUUUUUUGAACUUGAUGCAGAAGUCCACUGGUCUUCGGGGGCUGAUCAGAGAGAGGACAGAUGCUCAUUGGUCAGCUCCCUUCCGAGAAGCUCUGGUGGUUUCAAUCCAACCAGAUAGCUACAAAGUCUCGGAGGCCCAGCUACAGGAGAAUGGCGUCCCGGCAGAAAUGGUGCGAGGUUAUGAUGGAAAGUCUCCUCAGGAGGUCGAUGAAGCCUUGCGCCUUCUGACAGAGUAUGGGAACACUGCUAGCCUGCAUCCGACGGUGAGCAACUGGCUGCUGUGUAUGCACACAUCUCCGGGCAAGCCGCCAAACGUCGGUGCUGCCAGCUCGGAAUUCUGGCACAACCUCUUCAGGUCCAGCCCGAGGAACGUAUCUCAGCUUUUGGACCGGGACCAGCACAAGUGCGUCCCCAAGGUCAUUGCCAUUGCGGCAGCGCACGUGCGGCUAUGGCGGGAUCUGGCCAGUGGGGCCUUGCCCACUCGCAAGGACCUGGGCGCGUCGGAUGGUGAUCCAUGGUAUUUGGUCAUGGAAGACGAUGUGGACUUUUGCCCUGGCUGGCGUCAGCGCAUCAUGGAGGAGUUGCCUCUCCUGCCACAGGACGCUGAGGUUGUGAAGCUCUUCUUCUUCGGUCAUUGGCGCAAAGAGGAUCAGGUGAUGCUCAACUCGAGCAACGCCACUGUGCCGGCCGUGCCGGGGCCGUUUAUUGCAGCGCAGAACCCCCUGAAGUCCUUCGACCUGGUGAAGGCUGCCACCUACGAGAUCUUACAUGGAGCGAUUUGGGCCAAGUGGUGCAAGAGCCUGUAUCCUUUCUGUUGCUGA